GGGGUAGCAAAACUAGUAUAUAUACACAUGUAUGCCGACUUAGAGUCGUGCCAUCACCCAUCCACCUUUUCCACUGCUAAGAGGAUCUUCUCUUGAGAAAAACAUUCCAGCCAUGAAGGUUCUCGUCUUGUGCGCUCUUCUCGGCUUAGCAGCCGCUGAUCAGCGUCCUCCAAGCAACGGCUAUGGUCCUCCACCAAGCAGUGCCUAUGGUCCCCCAAGAAAUGGAUAUGGUGUAGAUCCUGCCAUCGCCGCCUUGGCUGAGAACAUCCCUGGAGGUGGUGUCCCUGGAGAGGACUACCCUAUCUUGGCCUCUGUCCCUGACACCGGAUUCGACUGCAAUGCCCAGAAUGUCCCUGGAUAUUACGCCGACACUGAUGCUGAAGCUGGCUGCCAGGUCUUCCACAUCUGCCAGGACAGGCCCAGUGGACGCCGUCAGCAGGACUCCUUCCUCUGCCCCAACGGCACCAUCUUCAACCAACAGUACCUCGUCUGCGACUGGUGGUUCAACUUCGACUGCGCUGACGCUGAAGAUUUCUACUCAGUCAACGAACUCAUUGGAGUUCAGCCUUAUGGUUAUGGCAACGGAAAUGGCAACCGCAAUGGCAAUGGUAACAAUGGCUAUGGCAACGGAAAUGGAAAUGGUAACGGCAAUGGCAACAAUGGCUAUGGCUCUAAUGGCAACGGAAACGGUAAUGGUAACAACGGGUAUGGUUCCAACGGCAACGGAAAUGGCAAGAAGAACGGAAAUGGAAACGGCAAAAGAAAUGGAAAGAGGAACGGCAAUGGAAAUGGCAACGGUUAUGGCUCUAAUGGAAAUGGUGCUGCUGCUGCCCCAAGCAACGGCUAUGGCGCACCAGCUGCUCCAAGCAAUGGAUACGGUGCUCCUUCAGCUCCCUCUGAAUCCUACGGAGCUCCAUUCUAAGUUAAAACUUUCUAAUUACCCAAGUGACUCAAGGGAUUGAAGGUCAACCUUCAUUCUGAGAAAUUGACCGAACCCCUUACCUACGACAAUCAUCUGUUUUAGAGGAUAUGCUGUAUUUUCCUUUUAAAAAAUGCUGUACAGGAUAUAUUUUAUCACAUAAAAAAAGAAUAUUUUUGUACAAUAAACUUUGAAGAGA